UAAUGUCAAGUAAACUAACACAAGCCCAGCCCAAUUUAUUCCCAAACUGAAGAAAAAAAGAGGAAAGGAAAUGGAUGUUACUGCACUGCCGGAAGAGUGCAUCGCCACCAUAAUUUCCUUCACAUCCCCUCGCGAUGCUUGCAGGAAUUCGCUAGCGUCCCGGAGCUUCGGAUCAGCCGCAGGUUCGGAUCUCGUGUCAUCAUCAUCCUUGAAUAACUUAUCCAAGAAGGAUCUUUAUUUCCAUCUUUGCCACAAUCCCAUCCUCAUCGGCAACGGUAACCUGAGCUUCGGAAUAGAUAAAUUAACUGGGAAAAAGUGUUACAUGCUGGGAGCGAGGGAGUUACAUAUAGUCUGGUCAAACAUUAAGGUGUACUGGGAGUGGUUUUCUUCAGCUGAGUCUCCAGUUUUACCCCAGUCCAGAUUCUCUGAGGUGGCUCUUCUAAAAGCGGUUUCGUUUGACAUACGAGGUAGAAUUGAGACUAAUAUCUUGUCCCCAAAUACAACAUAUGGGGCAUACUUCGUAUACGCAUUAAUUGCAGAUAGUUUCUCUCAACUUCACCACCCAGUGAAUGUGUCCGUUAGACUUGAAAAUGAGAAUGAAGGUAAUGCUACCCAUGCUUAUUUGCGAGCAGAUACACCAGAAGGACAGGAUGGACGACUUCCACGCAGGAGAGAGGACAGGUGGUUUGAGAUUGAAAUUGGGGAAUUCUUCAAUGGCCAAGUUGAUAGCGUGGCGGACAUGCACGUGCUGGAGAAUAAGGGCUAUGUCUGGCAGUAUGGCCUUGUGGUCCAUGGCAUUGAGCUUCGGCCAAAAUAGGAUAGGAAAAUUCUGUAUUCAGUGCAAGGCCAACAUCUGCUGUAUUUGCAUAAAGGUAUUGUUGGUUUAUAAGAGGACAACAGUUUUUAAAAGAUCAAGUAAAGGUAUUGUAAUUAUGAACGUUUACAUUUUGUAUCAUGAUAUAC